UAAUAAGUGGGCAUCCCGCGAGAAUCUUCCCUUGGUCCCAUCCGUCCACUUGCUCCGGCUUUAUCUAGCAACGAACCGUAUAUAUUUCCUUUCAUCAUUCUCAUCUCGAGCAAGGCAGAACUACCAAGAACAACCAUUCAGCCUUCAAGACAACAUCGAUAUAGACAUACACACAAACGUCUAGUACAGUCACGCAUAUCGACACAACAACCACCAACUCAAGAUGGCUCGGUCUCCUCCUGCCGCCACUACCGGGGAAAACAAGCCGGCUACGGUGAAGAGGAAAGGCACGAGAAGCGUCUCUACCCUCACGCCUUCACAGCUAGCUAGGAAGCGAGCAAAUGAUCGGGAAGCGCAACGCGCAAUAAGAGCUCGCACCAAGGAGCUCAUUGAAAGGCUACAGCGCGAAUUGGAAGAAUCGAGGGGAAGGGAGAACCGCGAUGGAAUGGUUCGUGAACUGCUACAGAAGAACAAGGCAUUGGAGCACGAAGUGCGAACAUUAAGGGAAGCCCUUGGCAUCGGGAACCGUCCGUUUCCUCAAUCUGGCUACGAGGUGGAUGGACUGCAAACUUCGCCAUCAGCAGUUCCAGGCCGCGGGGCAUCCUUCCCCCAAGGCUCCACGGACUAUGGUGCACCGACAAGCUUCGGGUCAUCUUACCUCCCUACUCCUGAACCUUGUGAGACAUGGCCUCCGGUGGUCCCCGUCUCUUCGGUAACUGUUUCUUCAGUGGUCUCAAGUCCGUCUUCAUCCACGGGGCAUCCUGACGAGUACGUGGCUAGCCACGUCCCCACAAGCGUUCCUCCUUCAUUGAUGGACUCCUCUGUAAUGAGCCAAGCUACGGGAAUCUCUUGCCUGGACGGCAUGAAGGUCAACUACGAGGACAUUGAAACUGACCGCGGAUACUGCCCGACCAGCGUUCCACAGCCGCAAUCCUCGUAUCUCCCCCAGCAGUCCUGGUCUAUGUACCCGACACCAACCUACUAUCCACAAUCGCCUACGGUUUGAUGCCAUAUCGGUACAAAUGUUCGUUUUUGAGGGCAAUCAGCCUGUCGCGGACAAUCACAGUGUUGCGGACGGGCAGCCUACGAGACAACAGCUACAACAACACCAACUCUCUGGACAACAAUUACAGAUACAGACGACGACCAUCAACGUCGAUAAAGG